AUGAUAAAAGUAGGAAUCCCGGGGGUCAGCCUCAUACAAUACCCAUCACCACCACCACCACCACCAGCAGCAGCACCAGCAGCAGCAGCAGCAGCAGCAGCAGCAGCAGCAGCGGGAGCAGCAGCAGCAGCAGGAGGAGGAGAAGAAACGGGUGCAGCAGGAGAUGCAACAGCAGCAGCAGAUGCAGCAGCAGCAGCAGAUGCAGCAGCAAGAGCUGCAGCAGCAAGAGCUGCAGCAGCAAGAGCUGCAGCAGCAAGAGCUGCAACAGCAGCAGUGUCAGCUGCAACAGUAGCUGCAGCAACAGCUGCAGCACUAGCGUCAGCUGCAGCAGCAGCUGCAGCACUAGCGUCAGCUGCAGCAGCAGCUGCAGCAGCAGCAGCUGCAGUACUAGCGUCAGCUGCAGCAGCAGCUGCAGCAGCAGCUGCAGCACUAGCGUCAGCUGCAGCAGCAGCAGCUGCAGCAGCAGCUGCAGCACUAGCGUCAGCUGCAGCAGCAGCAGCUGCAGCAGCAGCUGCUGCACUAGCGUCAGCUGCAGCAGCAGCUGCUAUUGAACUAGUGAAGAACAAUAAAGGAGGGAAACAAUCUUUUUCUUAA